UAAAGUGCACAACUGCAUUAGGAUUUUGAGCAAAGCAAAGCGGAGCAAACUGGCUGUCACCAUUUGUAUCUGGUCUACACAAUCUCCAUCCAAUCCAAUCCAAUCCAUUCUUUCCUUUUCUCGUUUGCAUUGCAUUGCAGAUCUCUCUUCCUUUCCAUAUUGGAUUUACCUUUUUUUGUUUGUUUUAUAUAAUCAUAACAGACUGAAGCGAAACCAGCGGUGCAGCCACGAAAAAUUUCCUGCCUUGUUAACAUUAUGUGAAAAAUAAAAACAUUGAUUCUCAAAUAUUCACUUGCUUUGGGAUUUCAUAGAUAAAUAUAGGAUACUGAUUGAUAGUUAUAUAAAAAAAAGGAAAGAGAGAGAGAGCCUGGCCUUCCUUUUUACCCCUCUUUUUUAGAAGGAGAAAAUCUCUCUCUUGGUCGCUCUGAGUUCUUUCCCAGCUCCUGAAACCUCCAAUUAUGGCGUUUCUGCUCCCUUUUCGCAGCAUUUGAUUUCUCGUCCGGUGGAAGAUCAUCUGAUGCGACUUGUACGUCUGCAAUCAAACACUCUGAAUUCAAUUCUGGGAUAUUUUUCACUGUUAGUGGUAAAUAUUUAGAAAUGGAUGACAAUAGUAGCAGCAAGUUGACUGGAAUUCGGCAGAUUGUUAGGCUAAAGGAAAUUCUCCAUAAGUGGCAAUCUGUAACAAUUGGCUCAAAGGAAACCAGCCCUCCCUCUGGUCAUCCCUCCAAUGGCAUUCCACCAGCUGUUAAUAAGAGGCUGAACAGUGUUAAGUGUUGCGAUUCAGACGAGGACAGUUGCCACAGCCCAGAACCGCCAGCUGACGUACCCAAAGGGUAUCUGGCGGUUUACGUUGGACCAGAGCUUCGGAGGUUUAUCAUCCCGACUAGCUACCUUAGCCACUCCCUGUUCAAGGUUUUGCUGGAAAAGGUUGAAGAGGAGUUUGGGUUUGAUCAUACUGGUGCGCUUACAAUCCCAUGUGAGAUUGAGACCUUCAAAUUUCUCCUAAAGUGCAUGGAGAGCCAUCCAAAAGACCACGAUGAUGAAGGGUCAGUAUCGUCUCCUCCAUCACUGAUGAUUCCUUGGUGAUAUUGCAGCUGAAGGUGCUUUAGCUAUUGAAGAGUAAUCGCCCUGGUCUAUUUGGUCCAGAUUUUACGACUUACUUCGGAUGUAAAGCAGGUUCUCGCAGAUAUAUUUUUUAUUGACAAAAAAAAAAAAAAAACAUAGGAAAUUUUAGUUAGAUUUGCAGGUGUGUUUUUGAAUUUCAUGGGCAGGGAUAUUAAGCUUUUACCGGUCUGUUCUGUGUGUGUUGGGAUGUGAUCUUAUGUUUUGUAUGGGAUACAAGACAGACUUGUUUGCUAAGCAAAAUUUCAUAACUAAUAAUUGCUAUAUAUCUUAUGAAGGUCCACAUUCACUACAA